AUGACUGACGAGGAGUUCAAAAAAAUGAUGGUAUGCAACGACCAUAUCUCACGCAAGGUCGCGAGGAUCAUCGAUCCUGACUCUGAAGAGGGAACCCGUCUCAAGAAAAAGUUGAGAGUCCUGGCGCCACCAAAAAGCGUAGAUUGGCGAGCUGCUGGUGCGGUCACUCCUGUUCGUAAACAAGCUGGCUGUGGUUGCUGUUAUGCUAUGGCUACAACGGAGGCUACUGAGGGUAUCUUCCAGAUUAAGACGAACAAGCUUAUCCAGUUGUCUGUUCAACAAAUCGUCGACUGCAGCGCAUUUUUCGGCAAUGAGGGUUGCACAGGAGGCUUCCAAUAUAAUAGUUACCAUUACAUUGACGAGGAGGGGAUCGUGUCAGAAUCCGCUUACCCUUACGUCGCGGCAGCUGGUACAUGCAAGACCACUAUAACCAGGGAUCCUAAGGAUUUGAUUGGUUGGUGGCCGAUCAAGGAAGGAGAUCUUGAGGAGCUGUUGGAGGGUGUAGCUCAGCAGCCAGUGUCCGCAAUUCUCAACGCUUUCCCCGCGGACUUCAAGCAAUAUAAAGGGGGGAUCUACAAAUCUGACGCCUGCGACAAAUCCAAGUCAUCGCACAGCGUGUUGAUCACUGGUUAUGGGGAGGAUAAAGACGGCACCAAAUAUUGGGAGUUCAAGAACUCCUGGGGCACGGAUUGGGGAAUGCAGGGGUAUGGUAGACUGCUCCGUGGAAAAGGUGGCGAAGGUGAAUGUGGCAUCCUGAAGCAAGCUUACUAUCCCCUUCUGAAGGACGACCUCGAUCCUGGCGAGCUGUGUGUGUAG